AAACAAAAGUGAAUACAUGUAAUAAAACAAUGGGUGGGUCUAAUCCUAAAUGCUGAUUGGUUAAAAUCUCAUUCCAGCCGGUGUCUAUUCCACAAGUUACCACCGGCUAAAUCUAUCACGUUAAAAUGCCUAUUUACUCUGUUCCAUCAGACUGCGCAAUCCACUGUCUCAUCAGCCCAGGCAGGGAAGUCAUGAACUUUAUCUCCACUAUAAAAAGAUAUCUAGACGUUAUCUCACAUUUUUUUUAGACUAACAUUUAGUUUUCAACAGCUGAGAUUUGUAUAAACCUGUCUGUCUCUCCGACAUGUUCAACGUAGUUUCAAUAUUCAAAUUGGAUCUCCAGCUGUCCCAUGGUAAUGAAGGUGUUGGGAGUCGGGAUGAGACAGACAGGCAGUGUUUCUCAGCCAGUCUAAAUCAUGAAUCAGCUGGCAUUAGGUAUACAGUAUAGCAAGAAAUGUCAAUUGAAAAAAGGUAAAACGAGACGAAGUGCAGCUAGUUUGCAGUUGUUCCAGCUUCAAUCUGAAGUGAUUGUGUUGUUGGCUAGCUCCUCUGAACAACAGUGUCCUGAUGGGAUAGAACAUGUUCUACGCCAGGCGAAAUCGCGCCUCAUUAGCUCAUUGUUGUGGAUGUAUUCAAAUAAAUGUCACUAUAUAACAGCUUAAACUAAUGCUAAUGCAGCUACUGUUGAUAUUCUGGCUGCACUGUUUGACGUGACUGUAAGUUAGCCGUAGUUGGCAAGCUAGCAAGCAAGGGAUAAAACGUUUCCAGCCAGUAUGGCAAUGGAACAUUUAGAAUGAACGACUGGAUCGCAUUCAUAGAUACAGAACUGAACGACUGGAUCACAUUCAUAGAUACAGAACUGAACGACUGGAUCACAUUCAUAGAUACAGAACUGAACGACUGGAUCACAUUCAUAGAUACAGAACUGAACGACUGGAUCACAUUCAUAGAUACAGAACUGAACGACUGGAUCACAUUCAUAGAUACAGAACUGAACGACUGGAUCACAUUCAUAGAUACAGAACUGAACGACUGGAUCACAUUCAUAGAUACAGAUCUGAACGACUGGAUCACAUUCAUAGAUACAGAACUGAACGACUGGGUCGCGUCUCUGGCAACCGAACUGAUAGAAUGAACGACCAGCCGGCUUAUGUAGCAACCCUAGAUCUGUGUCGGCUUAUAUCUUGUGGAAGGAUGAAAUAGUUUGAAUAAAUUAAUCAAGUUAACGCUUUCAAUGAAAAUAUGUCAAUCGUUAUUUGAACAUGUUAGUAACCCGUUGUAUAAAAGUGACGAUGCCCUCGAAGCAGGUGUUUGGAGGAUAUAUUGGUCUCGGGCCUAACAACACCUGUGCCAAUUUAUCCUCCAAACACCGCCAUAUCGGUCAUUAUCACUUAAUUAGACACUUUAUGUAUCAUUGGUAACUGACACAUAUGGAAUGGGCCUGUGCGUGUGAAAGAAACAGGAAUGAAUCCAAACCUGGACUUCCUACAGAGUGUUCUGGUGGAGGUGGAGAACGCAAACCUGGACUAUCUCUUCCUACAGAGUGUUCUGGUGGAGGUGGAGAACACAAACCUGGACUAUCUCUUCCUACAGAGUGUUCUGGUGGAGGUGGAGAACACAAACCUGGACUAUCUCUUCCUACAGAGUGUUCUGGUGGAGGUGGAGAACACAAACCUGGACUAUCUCUUCCUACAGAGUGUUCUGGUGGAGGUGGAGAACACAAACCUGGACUAUCUCUUCCUACAGAGUGUUCUGGUGGAGGUGGAGAACACAAACCUGGACUAUCUCUUCCUACAGAGUGUUCUGGUGGAGGUGGAGAACACAAACCUGGACUAUCUCUUCCUACAGAGUGUUCUGGUGGAGGUGGAGAACACAAACCUGGACUAUCUCUUCCUACAGAGUGUUCUGGUGGAGGUGGAGAACACAAACCUGGACUAUCUCUUCCUACAGAGUGUUCUGGUGGAGGUGGAGAACACAAACCUGGACUAUCUCUUCCUACAGAGUGUUCUGGUGGAGGUGGAGAACACAAACCUGGACUAUCUCUUCCUACAGAGUGUUCUGGUGGAGGUGGAGAACGCAAACCUGGACUAUCUCUUCCUACAGAGUGUUCUGGUGGAGGUGGAGAACACAAACCUGGACUAUCUCUUCCUACAGAGUGUUCUGGUGGAGGUGGAGAACACAAACCUGGACUAUCUCUUCCUACAGAGUGUUCUGGUGGAGGUGGAGAACGCAAACCUGGACUAUCUCUUCCUACAGAGUGUUCUGGUGGAGGUGGAGAACACAAACCUGGACUAUCUCUUCCUACAGAGUGUUCUGGUGGAGGUGGAGAACACAAACCUGGACUAUCUCUUCCUACAGAGUGUUCUGGUGGAGGUGGAGAACACAAACCUGGACUAUCUCUUCCUACAGAGUGUUCUGGUGGAGGUGGAGAACACAAACCUGGACUAUCUCUUCCUACAGAGUGUUCUGGUGGAGGUGGAGAACACAAACCUGGACUAUCUCUUCCUACAGAGUGUUCUGGUGGAGGUGGAGAACACAAACCUGGACUAUCUCUUCCUACAGAGUGUUCUGGUGGAGGUGGAGAACACAAACCUGGACUAUCUCUUCCUACAGAGUGUUCUGGUGGAGGUGGAGAACACAAACCUGGACUAUCUCUUCCUACAGAGUGUUCUGGUGGAGGUGGAGAACACAAACCUGGCAAAACAAUAUCAUGUAAUCAAAUACAGUAUUAUUAUUAGAAACAAAUGGAAAGGGAUGAGUGUGACAGAAGCAGCCGUGAAUUAAUUAAAA